CCAUUACUAUAAUAUAUGUUUCUUUUCUUCAUAAAUCAAAUAACUGUAAAGUUACAACAAAGAGAAAACCCUGAUUAGGGUUUUCUUUCUUUUUUCGGUUGCCAGGGUAACGUUUACUUCCGGUUCAGCUGUAACUCUUCAGCAGGGAACAGCUGACAGUUCAGGAAUGUCAUCUGAGAACAGAGGUGUAGGAGGUGAUGACAGGAGAAACAGACACAGAAAUACCAGAAACAGGUGCUGUAUUCACCUUUGGAAAGAGUAAAAUAGCAAACAAUGUACCCAGCAGGUUAUGGCUAAAGGAUGAUAUACCUGUGCACAUCUCAUGUGGACAGUCACACUCUGCCUUUGUAACAGAGCAGGGCCGUUUGUUUGUGUUUGGAAAUAAUAACAGAGGUCAGCUUGGUCUUCAAAUCAAAGGACCGGUGAAUAAACCAACCUGUAUUAAAGUUCUUAAAGGGGAGAGAGCUCAGUUUGUUGCCUGUGGGACUGAUCACACACUCGUAAGCACCUCACAAGGGGACAUUUUUGCAGCUGGAGGAAACAGUGAUGGACAGCUGGGACUGGGCCACUGUAACGACAGCAUUUCUUUCCAGCGGCUCCAUCCCUUUUGUGACUAUGCUCCAAUCAAAUUGCUCUCUGCAGGUGGCCACACCUCUGCUGCACUUACAGAGGAUGGCAGGCUGUUUCUGUGGGGUGAUAACUCUGUUGGUCAGCUUGGUUUGGGGGAUGACAGUCAUGCCUUAUUGCCAAAAGAGCUGAAACUGGGACAGUCCAUUCAGUGGGUCUCAUGUGGAUAUAGACACUCAGCUCUGGUCACAGAUAAUGGGGAUGUUUUUACUUUCGGAGAGAGUGCAGACGGACGACUGGGUCUUUCUGCUCAUCAGCUGACCAACCACAGUCACCCUCAGCAAGUUGAAUCUCUGCACGGUGUUCUGCAGGUGGCAUGUGGAGGCAAGCACACACUAGCCCUUACAGAGGGUGAGUUAUAUUCUUUUGGCCGUGGGGAGUUUGGGCAGUUGGGGUUGGGGACACUUAUGUUUUUAGCAGACACACCUGUUGCUGUUGGCUACUUCAGGAAAGGCAGGGUCACUCAUGUCACAUGUGGUGAAAACCACAGUGCACUAAUAACAGACAGUGGUCUUCUCUACACAUUUGGAGAUGGCCGUCAUGGCAUGUUGGGCCUUGGAGAUGAGAACUUCACCAAUCAGUUCAGUCCAACUGUGUGCCAGAGGUUCUUUGAUUACACUGUCAUGACUGUGGCAUGUGGUUCCAGUCACAUGCUGGUGUUCGCACGGCCACGGCAACAGGAGAGUGAAGAAUUUUGUUUAGAGGAUGAAGAUGUUACCUACACUUACCUGGACAGGUGUUACACCUCAAUGUUACAGGGGCAACCUUUAGAGCAUAUUCCAAACCCAGCACCUGCUUUAGUCUCGUCACAGACCUUUCUCCCCUCAUCUCUUCCAACUUCUCACCGCUGGAGCCUAUCAACACGUGCCAGACGAAGACAGAGAGAGAGCUCAUCUGCACAGUUUGGCCCAGAAUUUUGCAAUCUUCCUCCUCCUACAACUGGCUUUACUGCACUAGCCCUGACAGGCAACAUCUUACAACCCAGAUCUCCAACAGACACUCCUAAACAUGAUUGUCAGUAAUGAACAGCUGUCUUUCUUUUGAAUACAGUCACACAGAUCACAAAGAAUGAAGAGGACUGCCAUAGUGUUGGAACAUCUGAAAAUGGCAUAUCGGACAAGACACAUGAAGAGAAUAAGCAUUCUUGGAUGGUGGAGAAUAUACCUCAACAGGCUCCACCCACCAAAGUACAGGCUGGUUCUGUUUCUCAUUCAUCAGUGACAGAAUCUCCACCAUCAAGCAACCUAAAAAACAAGAAGCCCAGGUCCAGAGAUCCAAAGAACCCUGCCAUGGCAGAGCAAAAUUCUUCUGUUACAGCAUCACGAAGCAAAAUGCAAUCCAAAACAUACAAAAAACCUACCCAGAGUACAAAGAAUAAAUCUAAAAGUCAAGCAGUAGAGGUCAGAUUAUCUUCAGAUAGAAUUUCAGCUAAGGAAAAGGAGGGAAGCAGUGAUACAUGCGGUACAAAUUUUGAUCCAAGGGACAAAAUUUCAAAAGCAGACAAAUAUAGUAAAGUUCAACAUGCAGAUUCCAGAGGUCAAAAGGUCACUGCUCUUGCUGAGAUGGAGAAGAAGACCAAAUCAAGUCCAAUUGAAAUUCAAAAGACUUUCUCCAGUUCUUCAGUUCAGGAAGUUGAACAAGUUAGAACAACGGCCAAAAAAGUUCAAGAGGCGAAAUCUCCCAAAAUUAAAGAGAUGGGUAUUCCAGUAGAAGCUACAAAAAGGGUCAAGUCGCCAGUAAAGGUUCAAAAUGUGCCCUCGGACGCCAUAGAGGUUAACAAAGUUGAAUCAACACCUCAGGCAGAUGCUCAAAGAGACAUCAAGCCAUCCCUUAGAAAUACUCAAGAGGUAAGAUCAACACUGAUCAACACACAAGAACAGGGAAACUCAACACCAGUCAAGAUUCCAGCUAAAAUGCAAAGCACCCUAAAAAAAGGAAAAGAAAAGGAUGAUGUUGACACAGGAGAAAGCCCAAGUGAACGUACACCAAAGAAAGCAAAAAAGAAGAGAUCAGAUGUGGAAAGAGCCCCGAUGCCAGAAACUGCAUCCAAAACACCCAGUCCUCUAUCAGUUUCUAUACCCACACAAACAUCUAAAGCAAAAAAGGGAAAACCUGUGGAGACUAAGAACCCAAACUUCCAGCUUAAACAUGCAAUACCAGCACAAGAAAAAAUAGAAAUCAAAAUGGAAAAUGGUAGUAAAAUACCUCAGAAGUCUGAUAUAUCAUUUCCCCCAAUAAAGAACCAAAAAUCAGAAGGAACUGCAGAAAAAAGCCAAUCAGUUUCCAACUUGCAGUCCAAUCAAAAAAAUAGUCAGUUGCCCACUGAUAAAGUGCUUACUGAACAGAAACAUGAAUUUCCAUUUAUUAAAAGCUUAGCUCCAGAAAGAGGCCACUCAUUUUCCAGUUUAUGGUCCAAUAACCGAUCAGCAACCAAUAAAUCUUCUGCCACCAAAGAAACCGAAUCAUCAUCUGGUAAAUUAUUAAGUCCAUCAAGUUCAUCACCACAAUACAAGCAGUCACCACUAAAAGAAAAUAAUUUUGCCAGAAAAACUGUUGAACCUGAAGAGCCAGACAGAAAGCCACAGGCUGAGCAGAGCAUUGUGGGUAGUGUAGUUUCAUCACUACCAGCCAUGGCUAUAGCAAGUGCUGCACCACUACUGAUAAAAGCAGCUGAAGUUCUUUCUGAAACUCACCCAGAACCAAGCAUUGAGAUGUCCUCACAUCCAUCAGUGUCCAAGGAAACAACAGAAAGCAAUAUCCUGUUAGAACAGGAAGUGGAACAGGACAGCACAGUUCAGGAUGUAUCAGCAAUCGAGGAAAUGGAUGACAGCAUAAUAAAACAGCAGAGUGCACAAGAUGAACAAAAUGAGCUAGUUUCAAAAGAAAAUAAAAUGUGGAUGAGUGGUGAUGGAAAAAUAGAGGAAGAGGAGCAUGUGAAGGAUAGUGAGACAGAGAGAAAGGAAGAGGUAGGUGAAGAAGAGAGUCUCGCUGAGGAAGAAGAUGAACUUGAGAGGGUUGGGCAGGAGGAGGAGAACAGUGCUGUUGAAGAUGAAGACGAAAGAGAGAGCGAGAAUUAUGAAGAUAGAGGAGAGAGUACUCAACAGGGAGAGGAGGAAAGUGAGGAGGAGGAGGCAGAAGAAGAGGGAAGUGAGGCAGCUGGAGAGGAAGAGAAUGACAGCAAUAGCGGACGGAGCAGCAAAAGUGAGGGAGAGGUGACUAAAGAAGAAGAAAGUGGAGAUGAGACUGAUAGAGAAGAAGGAGAGCAGAGUGAGGGACAAGAGAAAGAGGAGACUGAGGAAGGAGAAAUUGAUGAAAAGGAGGAAGAAGAUGAAGAGAGUGGUGGUGAAGACAAGGAAGAGGAGAGGGAGAGCUGGGAUGAGGGGAGUGAGAGAGAAGUGGAAGACGAGGAGAAAACAUAUGCAGAGGAGGAGCAGGAAGGAGAGAGCAGUAAUGAGGAGAAAACAGAUGAACAAUCUGAAAGCGACAAUGAUAAAAAGAAUGAGAGAUCAGAUGAAGAGGAAGGAGAGAGUGAAGAAAAGGAUGAGAGUGAGGAAGAGGAGGAAGAGAAUGAGACAGUGGAAGGAGAGGGAGAACAGGAAGAAAAGGGGGAAGAAGAGAGGGAGGAAGAGGAGGAGGUAGGAAAUGAAGAUGAGGAGGAAAAUCAAGAAGAAGAGAGUGAUCAUGAAGAGGAGGAAGGCAGAUAUCAGACAAAAGAAGAGGAAGAGGAAGAAGAAGACAAGGAAGAGGAGGUGGAUGAAGAGGAAAAUAAUGAAGAACUGAAAGACAAGAAAGAUGGAGUCACAAACAAGAGUGAAGAAGAGGAGAGUGUGAGAGAAAAAGAAGAGAAUGAGGUGGAAGCUGAAGAUGAGGAAAAAAUGUCAGCGACAGAUGGAGAUGAAGACAAAGAAAAACAAGAAGGGAAAGAACAGACUGAGGAAGAGGACAAAAAAGAAGAGGAAAUGGAUACAGGCGAAGAGAAGUUUAGAGAAGAAGAGAAUCCUGACAUUUUAGAGACACAGGAAACAGAGAGAGGAGAUGAAGAUGAUGAGACAGACAAACUGAAUGAAAUGGAGGAAGGAAAUAAUGAGGAAGAAAGUGGACAUGAGGAAGAAGCAGAAGAGGAAGAAAUAGACCACAAGGAAGAGAAUAAAACAACAGAGAGAAGACAGAGGAAACAGAGAGAAACUAAUGAGGAAGAAGAGGAGGGAGGUGAAGAAGUAGAAGAAGAGGAGGAGGAAGAAACAGAGCAGAAAAAUAAGAAUAUAAAAACAAAGAAUCAGAGAGAAACUAGUGAGGAGAAAGAAGAACAGGAAGAAGAGAGUGAGGAAGAGGAGGAAGAAACUGAGCAGGAAGAAAAGAAUAUAAAAACAGAGAAAAACAGGAGGAAACCGAGAGAAACUAGUGAAGAGGAAGAAGAAGAAGAGAGUGCGGAAGAGGAGGAAGAAUCCGAGCAGGAAGAAAAGAAUAUAAAAACAGAGAAAAACAGGAGGAAACCGAGAGAAUCUAGUGAAGAGGAGGAAGAACAGGAAGAAGAGAGUGAGGAAGAGGAGGAAGAAAAGAAUAUAAAAACAGAGAAAAACGGGAGGAAACAGAGAGAAUCUAGUGAAGAGGAAGAAGAAGAAGAGAGUGCGGAAGAGGAGGAAGAAUCCGAGCAGGAAGAAAAGAAUAUAAAAACAGAGAAAAACAGGAGGAAACCGAGAGAAACUAGUGAAGAGGAAGAAGAAGAAGAAGAAGAGAGUGAGGAAGAGGAGGAAGAAUCCGAGCAGGAAGAAAAGAAUAUAAAAACAGAGAAAAACGGGAGGAAACAGAGAGAAUCUAGUGAAGAGGAAGAAGAACAGGAAGAAGAGACUGAGGAACAGGAGGAGGAGGAAAUAGAGCAGAAAGAAAAUAAUAUAAAAAUAGAAACUAGUGAAGAGGAAGAAGAACAGAGUGAAGGUGAUGAAGAGGAAGAGGAGGAGGAAGAAACAGAGCAUAAAGAAAAGAAUAAUAAAAAAGAUAAACAUGAAAGCAAUGAGGAAGAAGAACAGGAAGAAGAGGAAGAGGAAGAGGAAGAGGAAGAAAAGACCAAAGUACCCAAGCAGAGAGCCGAGAAAAAUGAGAGGAAAUGGAGAGAAACCAGUGAAGAGGAGGACGAACUGGAAGAAGAGACUGAGGAAGAGGAGGAAGAACAUGAAGGGGAGGAGGAAGAAGAAGGCGAGGAAGAAGAGGAAGAGGAAGAGGAAGAGGAAGAAAAGCCCAAAGUACCAAAGCAGAGAGCCAAACCAGAUGUGUUACCUCCACGCAGACAGACAGAUGCACAGAGAGACAGACAGAAGACUAGACAAAGACAUCAACAGAAUGUUAAAGCGAAGAAGCAAACAGAUAGCGGUGCUCAGGACCCUCAGUUCUGGAACAAUGUCCUACCACAGUAUCUAAACCUUAAAUGAACCCAAAGUGUGCAGUGCACUACAAACACAGAGACCACACUGAACCUGUAUAUGGAGAGUUCACAGGCCUCGACAUUUUAAAAGUGCUGUUGAUCAGUUCUUUAAACAAGGAAGCAUAAAAUGUGGUUGAUGGAUGUUGGAGAAGUUAACGUAUUAUGGUUUGUAUUCUGAUUUAGUAUAAUAUACAUCUCUUAAAGCGCUGGUUGUUACUUAUGUCUUUAUGGGGAUUCUUGAAUAUCAAGUGCCUUGACUGAAAUUAUUCCAAUCAUAUUCAGUUAUAUUUUGUCAUAGUGUUUAUAUAAAUGUUAAUUUUCAAGUGCAAAUGCGUGAAGUAUUUAUUUCUGUGUACACAAAGUAAAAUAAA